AGAAAGUCCACAUUGCUGCGACAUGGGAACGAGGGGCGGAACGUGUACACAGGGAAAUAUACAAGUUCUCGCUACACAUUUCGCUACCAUGCACUUCAAACUUGCCUGGUUAGGUGAGACCAUACGAAAUUCAGCCCAGAAUGGCGGCACAACAAAGUUGUAACUGGGGACGUGAGUAAUACUUGUAUUAAUAGAUGACGCUGUUAGUUGCAGAAAGUUUUAGAUUAUUAACAAGUGUUCACGUGCACCUCUACACAUAAUAUCGAAAUCUUCAAGUUGAAAAAAAUUGCACCGGCACAGGCGACUGAUUACGGCAGACUUUGGAACAUACCUGUUCUACCAAAGACUAGGCCAAGCGGCAAAGAUAAUUGAGGUAAUUGCAAAGUCUGGAUGGUAAAUAUACUGUGACCUGAAGGGCGGACGAGGGAUCUACAUAAUACUGUUCAAAGGAGACAAUAUGGGAUAGGUUGUACGUCUAUACCGGUAUCAGUGUUAGGUCGGGCAGCAUCUAAUCAUGAAUGAAGACAGUGGAGACAUACAGGAGGAGACACCGCGGGAGGAGCUCUUUUCUACACAGCAAAGUGACGAGAAUAUAUCCGAGGAACCACCUGAAGACCCACAACCUGUCAGCCCUCUGUCAUUUAAAGACUUCCUACCCAGGCCACUGGAGGAACAGGGGAGCUCUGAAUAUGAGAGAUUCGGAACUCUCGUAGACAGAGCAAACUCGUUUCUUGAAGACCACCGUCAGUAUGACGUCAGGACGUGUGAGACACUAGAGGUGCAGUACACAUGGAACCGACAGGUGGCGUGCACGGACGUGUCACUCGUGAGAGGUAGGAGGAACAAGGACCCUUACAUCAGGGGACUCAGACUAUGGCUUGUACCGUCUGAGGCCCAACGACGGACCUCGCGGGCUCCACGGAUAGGUAAAGUCGAUUUUGCACCAAGGGACCAGUUCGAGCAACUUGGCGAGCUGUUGGGGAGGAUGAAUGAAACAUUCCAGCAGGAACCAAUUCCAGGUGAGGUCCUGACAGUGGAGACGUUGGACAUGGAGCAGCACACGGACGGGAUGGAACUUGACCUUGACUCCUGCAGCUGGCACGAGAACGAGGCUGGGUGCACCUGUUGCAGCUGUCUGCGCAGCCAAACAGCCCACCUGUACGUCAUCAGGGUGUUUUACCUGGAGGGACCGCCUGCUGGGGAGGAAAUAACUAUGGUGGAUUUUGUCCCCCGCGUGGUUAACCCUGCCACGUCAUUUAUCGACGAUCCCAUCCUGGAGACCUUCCCCAAACUCACGUCCCAGGCACGGGGCUGGGUCAGGCACCACUUGGAGCGGGGUGGCCGGAUCACCAACUUACAGACGGUCAGCGUGAGGGCCACCCGGCACGGCAUGGCAGAUUCCCAAAGGUCGUCUUACAUCGAGGGAAGAGGUGGUGUCCUCUUCGUCAAGAUUCUCAGACUGGUGUAUGUCAAGGGUUCCCCCUCCCGGGACGGAGUAGAAGUGCAGCCUUGCGCGAGAACCUUUGCACCGUUGCAACUCAAUGAAGACGGCUACCGAACCAAACCUCAGUUUCAAACGGUCCUGAAAACCAUGGAGGAGGCAGUGCAGUGGCUUCGAAUAGCAGAUUGUCGUGUCAUCUCAGCGGAAACUCUGACCGUGAAAAUCCCGCCUCACAUCCCCCGGGGCUGGGCGCACCUGGUGGGAAACGAGUCCCUGUGGUGCCGCAACAAGUCGCCAGGAGCGCUGUACCUCGUCAUGCUCAGAAUCUACUUUGAAGGGCCGCCCAAGGACGCUCCAAGUGCAAGGCGCCCUGUUCCCCCACAACCAGACACGGGGCACUCAAAUUGCAUCCUUCUGUGAUAUUGUUACUAUGUAGCAUUGUAUACUUUUUUGUUGAUAUGCAGCAUUGUAUAUUGUUUGAAUGCAAAAACACCUUUUGUGGCUGUUAACGAGGCUGCCAUUUGCAAUAGGACGGAAAAUGUCACAUUUUGUGCAUACUAGUCCACUGGCGGUGGGUCAAGAUCAUCGAUUGUGACUCAAAAAGCAUUCUGAACACAUCCGCGUAAGGCCAUGGUAUCUCCUUGACAAAGUGCUUUGGGGGGACCUAUACCAUGUAUACUACCAUAUUAUAUACAGACCCACCAUACUCUAAGAGGAGUGGCUCUCCAUCAUACCAUAUAUAGGAACUACGAUGUCAUUGUAAAGUUCUGGAGAAGCAGCAAAAUCGAUGUAAUGGGCCGGCUGGCUUGAGGACAUUACAUCAGUAUUAAGCUUGUGAAAAACAUCAUCCAAGCACGAAUGGACUCUUAUCCGAUACAGAAGUUGGUUCUCGUGAUGCCGAAAGGCCUCUGUAAGAGCUGCUUGUGGCGCCAAUUCACGUCCAAAUCGAUCAGUCUGAACAAAAGAAACAUACAUGUGACUGGGAAUGUUCAAUUUGUGGUGGGAAAAAAGUGAAACUGACAGAUUAUAUAUCUCACAGGCUUGGGGCAGAUCGUCCUUGGUCAGGAAUAUUUUGUUAUCUGUCGGGCAAGUUCAACAAAAUAUGGCAGUAUGAUCCUGUGAUACUCCGUGAAAAUAGUAUGAAUCUCCCCCUGGACAUCUAAAUCAUAUAGUGUUAUACAUACACGUAAUCUAGCCUGGUAUCAAACCCUAUUAUAGCUGCCGUGUCUGACGUCCUCUUCUAUUUACGGAGAUGACGACAGAGGCCGCAAUCACUACUCCCUCCCUCACGCUUCAACCCGUCUUCUGUUUUAGGCACAUGAUAACCACGGUAGCAUCCAUUGCAUGCGCAAGUGUCAAAAUUACAUAUCAUCAUUUGAAUGUAAAAGGUUGCUUACGUGCCAUGAAGCUUUUAGGCAACGUCUGUCUUUCCUUGUGACUGACAAUAAAAGUGGCAAUAGAAAGACCAUGAUGGUCCAUGAUCUAGAACCGAUGCCUUUUUAUAAACUACCAGAACACGGCCGUGCAUACUGUCAGCCUC